GUGACGCCAAAAAGUCCAAAAGAAGCGUGUUGUUCUGAUUGUGAUGUGAGGGUGGAUGAGAGCAGCAGAGAUUGCGGGCAUCGAGGCGGGCAGGCGGGACUUGUUGGGCUACAUAAUUUGAGUCUUGUCUCUGCCGCCAUCGUUGCCCGGGGCUAGGUCCCACUUACACGAAUUAAGCGAUGUUGAUUGACCGUAGAUAGCACAGAUCGACGGCCAGAAGUUCUUAAUCAGGGCAAGUGGGACCUUGGCCCCGAGGGGUAGGGCCGGAGUGCCGGAGUGCAGGAGUGCGGGAGUGCGAGAGGGGGAGAGGGAGGAGGAGGAGAACGUGCAGCAGGGCCUGUGGUUGAAGAAGACGGGCGGGAGAGGAGAAAAAAUUAGCGCCAGGACAAGGCUAUUAUUUAGACGGUCGGUGUCGGCGUUUUCGAGAUUUACGAGGUGCGGCAGGGUACGGAGUCGAAUGGUGUGCAUGUGCGGUGUGUUGUUUUAACAUUUUGUAAGAACGAAAGAGAGCGCGGCAGGUACACUCCCAGAGGAGGAGGAGGAGGAGGAGAUCGCAGGAACAGAGGCGUGGUCGGGAUAUAUAUAUAUAUAUUUUGUUCUUUUCUUUUUUUUUGGUGAAAUUCUCAGUGCUAGACAUGGCUAUGGCCACGAUGCAGGCGCUGCGACGGGCCACGUCAUCUUUGCUGAGGGGGAGCGCAUCGCGGGUUGGCUUUCCUGCAUCCACCCGGCUGUUUCAUGAGAGCUCCCAGGCUAUGGCCGCUGCUCUCCCAGAGGUGUCGGUGGAGCCGUUCGUCGUAGACAUUCCCGUGCCAUUUAAGGCUCACAGGAUAGAGCCUCCAUCGCAGCAGAUCGAGACUAGUGCAGCGGAACUGCUCAAGUUCUACGAAGACAUGUACAGAAUGCGGCGCAUGGAGAUUGCUUCUGACAAUUUGUAUAAAAGCAAGUUUAUUAGAGGUUUCUGCCAUUUGUACGAUGGACAAGAGGCGGUCUGUGUGGGCAUGGAAGCGUCCCUUACACGUGAUGACUGUAUAAUCACGGCGUACAGGGAUCACUGUACACAUGUUGGCCGAGGCGGUACAAUCCCUGAGGUGAUGGCGGAGUUGAUGGGAAAGAAGGAUGGAUGCUCUAAGGGGAAAGGAGGGUCCAUGCACAUGUAUCGUAAGGAUCUCAAUUUCUAUGGUGGCAAUGGGAUUGUUGGUGCCCAGACUCCUAUCGGUGCAGGAAUUGCUUUUGCAUUGAAGUACAACAAAGUACCGGCUGUUUGUAUUGCCAUGUAUGGUGAUGGCGCAGCUAAUCAAGGACAGCUAUUUGAGGCGAUGAACAUGUCCGCUUUGUGGAGUCUGCCAAUUAUCUACGUGUGUGAGAAUAACCAUUAUGGGAUGGGCACUGCAGAGUGGAGGGCAGCGAAAUCGCCAGACUUUUACAGCCGUGGCGAUUACAUUCCCGGACUGAAGGUAGACGGGAUGGAUGUCCUGGCUGUUAAACAAGCUAUACGAUUUGCAAAGAAACACAGCCUUGAAGGAAAGGGACCUUUCGUUCUGGAAAUGGACACCUACCGGUACCAUGGGCAUUCCAUGUCUGAUCCGGGCAGCACUUACCGAACAAGGGAGGAGAUCUCGGGAAUUCGCCAGGAACGCGACCCGAUUGAAAGAGUUAAGAAAUUGCUGAUCGGCCGUCAGAUUGUACAGCCGGCAGAUCUGAAGGCAAUAGAAAAGGAGUGUUCCAAGGAAGUGAAUGAGGCAGUGGACUUCGCAAAGGCAAGCCCACAACCAGAGGAUUCGGAGCUAUACGCUGACAUUCAUGCCAAGCAGACGGAUAUGAAGGUAUUUGGAUGUGACCGGAAGGCCAACUUUGCUACCUUUCCUUGAUUGAAGAAGGUAUACGGCAUUUCAACAUGGAUGUGGUCUCAACAUUCCACGUCGUUCAUUCUGUCAAUGAAUGAAAAGCUUGCAUAUGUCUGCUUCGGGAUCAUCAACGGCACACGGCAGCAGCAAGAGAGGCUGCUGGUUAGCUAUGGCUACUUCAUGACAAAAGAAUGGAAAUAGGAUACGGUGACCUCUCGAGCUCGUGGAUGAAAGGAAGACAGAUCGGCUUUUCAAAAAAGCUCUCUCUCUCUCUCUCUCUCUCUCUCUCUCUCUCUCUCUCUCUCUCUCUCUCUCUCUCUCUCUCUCUCUCUCUCUCUCUCUCUCUGUGAAGAGCUUGCAUAUGUGUCUGCUUCGGGAUCAUGAAUGGCACACGGCAGGAGCAAGAGGCUGCUGGUUAGCUAUGGCUACUUCAUGACAAAGGAAUGGAAAUAGGAUAUGGUGACCUCUCAAGCCCGUGGAUGACAGGAAGUACAGAUAAUCUCUCUCUCUCUCUCUCUCUCUCUCUCUCUCUCUCUCUCUCUCUCUCUCUCUCUCUCUCUCUCUCUCUCUCUCUCGUGUUACGGAAUCGUAUACUGUAAGCCUGCACAUAGAGAGUUUCGCGGAGCUCAGGUGAGCAUAUAGACCGACGCCGAAGAGGAAAAACAGGCGAUUUUCUUUCGUUGUAAUAAUGCCUUGGCAGAUGGAAGCAGCCUAAGCAGGACGAUUUGGUAUCUUAACCGUGAUAGUAACCAGGUUUCAAGAGGUAAGCUCUUGAAUUUGGAGAAAGGACGGUGAGAAGAAGCGGUGAGUGAGUAGCACCCAUCGCAGUCAAUGUGUACGAGGGGAAGUUCUGCUAGCAGCAGCAGCGGCAGCCGCAGUAGUAGCAUUAGUAGUGCACGAAAGGCCAGGCCUUUUGGUUUCCUCCUCAGUUUCGCUCCCUCCUUUCAAGGCAGAACCUGUGGACAAUGUCUUCGUUCCUGGCACACAAAUUCUUCUGAUAUGUGAGUGUAGUACUGUGUACACUGAUGCUGGAAGAUUUGUGUUCCUGGAACACAUUCUUCUGUUCCAGCGAGUGCUGGAACGAUGCUGUCAAAUUUGUGUUGAUUUUGUGCAUCCCAGGUACGACAUGAUGCCGUUCAGUCUUUUGACUUUUAUUUCCCCUCUUUGCCCCCCUGUGAAGCCCCAGUGCAUGUGAAUGUAUGGCAGCUAAAUGGAAGUAUGUAAUAAACAUAAAUCUAUUAA